CGCCCUCUACUGGAGUCCUGCAAAACUGCCGUCUGGUUUUCUCAUCAGCAUUUCAAGAAGUCUAUGGUCCAACGCUGAGCAGAGACCAUGUGGUGUUUAGAGCUUCUCUUUCCACUGCUGUUAAUCAUCAACGAUGGGAGCUGCCAGUGGAACGUCUGGGUUCCUCGGGACAUCUCGGCCAUGACGAACUCCUGCGUGGUCAUCCCGUGCACCUUCAUGUACCCGUCCGGCAUCAGGCCGUACCGCGGCACCCACGGCAUCUGGUACUUCGGCCAGCCGUACCCUCAGCUCUUCCCCCCCGUCGUCUUCAAGACGCGCACGGACGUGGUGCACGAGAGCUACAAGGGCCGCACCAAGCUGCUGGGCGACCUGCUGCAGAGGAACUGCACUCUGCUCAUCAACAACAUCGGCGCGGAGCACUCGGGGAGAUACUACUUCCGCGCCGACCUCGGUGGAGCCAACAUGUACACGUACCCGGACUUCUCUGAGCUCAAAGUCCUGGACCAACCCAACAUCGACGUCCCGGAGGAGAUCGUCAGCGACGAGAGUCUGGAGCUGACGUGCUACGCUCCAGACAACUGCCCCGACAUGACCCCAGAGAUCCAGUGGAUGUACACCGACUACCUGCCCGACCCGGAGUUCAGCUCCGACUACCUGGAGGAGAGCAACACGGCGGUCCUCUCCAACACCCUCUCCUUCACGCCCAGACCCAUGCACAACGGGCAGCUCCUGGGCUGCAGGGUCUUCUACCCCAACACCACGUUGGUCUACGAGAGGCUCAUCUCUCUCGACAUCAAGUACGCUCCACGCUCGGUGUGGGUCAACGUGUCCUCGGAGGUGAUGGAGGGCAGCUCUGUGACGCUGCACUGCGAGGUGGACAGUAACCCUCCGUCCAGGAUCUCCUGGAUGUUCGCGGAGCAGGAGCUGCUGUGGGACACGGCGCCCAACGUCUCCCUCUCCCUGGACGACGUGACGCCCGCGCAGGAGGGAAUCUACACCUGCAUCGGGGACAACGGCUACGGGGUCAUGAACACUUCCCUGUACCUGGCUGUCAAGUACCCUCCCCGCGAGCCCGUGGUGAACGACUCCAUGACGGUGCAGGAGGGAUCCUCGCUGACUCUGCACUGCAGCACCCAGGGGAGCCCUGCCCCAACGCUCACCUGGCUCAAGGACGGCGAGCUGGUCGGCACCAUCACCGCCGACGAGCUGUCGGUGCUGCAGGUGGUGGAGAUCACGCCGCAGGGGGACGGGCAGUACCGCUGCCUGGCCGAGAACGAGCACGGGAGAGCCAGCAGCUCCUUCAACAUCACCGUUGAGUACGCCCCGGUGCUUCUGGAGGAGUCAAAGUGCACCGUGGUCAGGGAGGGCGUCCAGUGCGUGUGCAUGGCCAUGGGAAACCCAGAGCCCACCAUCGAGUUCUACCUGCCCGACCUGAACGUCACCAUUAACGAAACGGACGGCCGGUACAACUUCUACACGCACACGGACGGCCACACCUCCACGGGCAUGAUCAAGCUGCGGGAGAAAGGCGAGCGCGUGGACAACGGGGGCCCCGCCGUCAACGUCCACUGCAGCAUCUUCAACACGUACGGGAGGGAGAGCGUGCUCCUGGAGCUGCAGCAGGAGAAAAAGUACAUGAUGGCGGUUAUAGUCGGCACCAUCGGAGGGGUGGCGGUCAUAGCCUUCAUCAUCGCAGCGGUGAGAUACGUCGGCCACAACAACAAAAAAGAGAAUGGCAACCCUAGGCAGGACGUGGUCCUGGAGAACCCAGCUUUGUACUACAGCGCAGUCAAGAAGGACAAACAAAAUCUGAGGAAGAAAGUGCUUAAGACAGAGCUGUUGGGCUCAAAGUUUAACUCCAUUCUAGAGGAGACUACGGGAGAAGACGGGGAUUAUCAACCUGUGGGCUCUAUGGCAGGACUGGAGAGGCAAGAGCUGAACUACGCUGCUCUGGAGUUCAUCGGGGCUCGGCCCAGGGACGGGGCCUCGGGGAGGGGGGACGACGGCGGCAACUACUCGGAAAUCAAAGCCAAAUGAAUAGCAAUCCUUCCCUGAUCCCUCGGCUACGCGAGAUACAGUGGCAGCCCCAGCAGAUGUUUUGCCUCCUUUACCCCCCCCACCCCCUCACACACACUGUAAACCCCCCCCCAACCUCCACUGGAUUCAUCCCAUCAGAUUGGUCACAUAUAAUGUACCACUCUGAUGCCACUACUCCCCUUACCUGCUGCGCGCCUCCUCCUUUGGCGCCCCCUCACACGCCAUCAUUUUCUGGAAAACUGGUACUUUUUUUUUGGGGGGGGGGGGGGGGUCAGGGAGUGACCCAUGGGACGACUUCAAAGAACUAAAAUGUCUGGCCUCUAUUGCAGUAUAUGGGCUCUAAAACAUGCAGCGCUAACCAGCGAGCGUGCUUUCUGUUGCUUUCCACAUGUUCUGCCAAGUGAUCAAACAACAGAAAAGUGGGCGCGCACAUCUGUCUCGCUAAUUGCUCUCCAAUCCGUCUCGUACAACUGUCACUGUGUCUGCUGCCGGUCGAAGCAUCAGGGCAAGGAGGACCUGCGCCUUUUGUUUUCUUAUAUUCGUGUGUAUCAGCAGAGAGAAAAUCUCGCUUAUCGCUCUGCUUUUGGUUAAUUGCAUCCCAGAUGGAAACUCAUCCAAGCAUCCUGUCGCCACAUAAACUUUUCUCUUUUUUUUUUAAGGCGGCUCAUGAUAAAUGAAAAAGUGUCACCAUAACUUUUAAGUAGAUAUGGUGCAAAAAUGCCACGGCCUUUUCAAAAUACUUAUCCCGUUGUCUAAGGAAUUUAUUGCGAUUUUGGGGGGAAUUUUCCUGUACUGUUGCAAAUGCAAAAUGUCCAUCUUCAGUCAUCUUCCACCAUUUCUCCUUAAAAAGAAACACAGACCUGAAAGCACAAAGUAUAUCUCUUUUUGACAAUGUGUGUGUGUGUGUAUAAGUGCGUGUGUUUGUGUUCAAGAAGCGACACUGAUCACUGAUCCUCAUGGAUCAACAACGGCGCGUACUAAAGGUCUAACUUGAUAAUGAUGGUGUCAAUAAUAUAUAUUAAUAAAUUGUAUAUUGAUAUAGAAUGAAUGCCAGUAUGUACAGUAAAUACCCUGCAUGACUUGUACCAGCCGGCACACAUAUGUAUAUUAAAUUAUGGAUAAUAGUGUAAGCUUGUCACAUCAAACAAAGGGUUUUGACUCUUAAUGAGUUUAGUGAAUGGUAACAACCUCUAACUAGUUGCAUUUACACAAAGACAGAGAACUUCUUAUUUACUGGAAUUGCGGUUGAUCGGAAGUUUGUCAGCUCCUUUUUCUAGGAAACCCUCAAUAAUGCCCGUCCAUUGAAUUACGUGACUCUGUAGGGACACUAAAGAUACUUGACUCGACCUGCAUAGUAUGGCUCAAGUCUCAAAGGAACUGAAUGCUACAUUACCCACAAUGCAACCAAUGCCACCCUUUUUGUUAUUCCGAUACAUGCUGUAUUUCAAACUCCAUGCACUUAGUUUACAAACCUGUAUUUAUUCAGACUAUACAAAGCUCAUCCAGUGUGGCAUUAUAUAUUUUACAAACACCCGACCUUUAUGCCAGUGAGUCAGUGGAGUGAGUAAAGUCUCAAGCCUCCAACGUGAUUCUUCCACCCACUUUGCAUCACUUCUUCAAAGGUCCCUUCAAACGUAACUGUUUCCCUGCUGAAAAUUAACCAACCGAACCUCUGCACCCGUAGCUGACUAACACGGUCCGGCGUUUUGAAUAAGACAACAGGUAAUGAUUGAUUGGUAUUUUUAGUGAUUUGCAGUGAAAAUAUACUGUAAGUAUGGCUAUAGUGUUACUCUCCACCUGCUGCAGUUUGUUGAACAUCCAGUCUGCAACUAGUCCGCUGAUUUCAGAGUUGAUGUCAUGCUGUAUGCUUAUGGGUUAUAGGCUCGAGUUGGAAGUCAGUUUUAACAAGAGAUGUGCAACGAGCUCUUCUUGGACAUUGGAAGUAUUUGAUAUAGUAUUUGAUACACAUGCUCCGACUGGUUUUAUUAAUCUAUGUCAUGUGUGCACUCUCACGCUCAAAUGAUGGAUUAAGUUAAUUGAAGCAGCAGCGCGUCUCUGUGAGCCGUUUCCAAUUCGAUUUUUACAAUCAGCUCGAGUACAAAACACAGCAGACAGCACUGUGGGAAGCCCGUAAACUGCUAGACGGUUCAUAGCCAAUAAUGAAAAUAGGAGUAUUUCAAUUUAAUCUGCUCAUAUGAACCCAAAUAAAUAGCUCUGCCAAACAAAUAUGUAACAUUAUAAACCCACAAUGCUGUGUCAUGGGAAGCAUCGCUCUUUCUUUUUGUUGUCACAUAACAGUUACUUUUGUAACAGGCAAAAGUUUCCCAUUCUUAAAAAUAUUGACAUAAAAUGUUUGGAGGGAUUGACUUUGUCUUGUUAUGUUCUGAGUAUUAAAAUGGAGCAUCUCUAGUGCAGACAAAGCUGAGCAUGUGAUGCAGAGCGCUCAGUACCUGAGGUUCUGAAUGUCAUUUGAACACUUAAAUCAGCAGAAACUUUUUUUCUCCAUGUAAACAAAGCUGUUAUGACUCACAUAUAGCAUCACCAUGACAAUGUGCUGUUGACUUAAUGAUGAAAAUGCUGCCCAGACUUCUUAAACUGCCUGUAUGCUCAAAAUCAAUAACCAGUUUCUUUCUUUGAAAGCCUCAUGGAGGGAGGGGGGCGCGGGGUGGGGGAGGAGGGGGGUAUAUAUUUUAUUUAAUUUCUUUAUGUAGAUAUGUGUUACCUAAUCUUUUGUCGAAGUGUGUUGUGAAGGAAAUGUGUCCGUCUUAUACCUGGUAAUCGUAAUGAUCGAUGUGAAGAUAUUUUUUUUAAAUAUGCAAUAUGAUUGACACAAUAAUUCACAUCAGGGUUUUGGGAUGUUUACUUAAUGACAAACGUUUUUCUGCAAUGAUGUCUGUUUGCUCUUUUAUUUUAAACAAGUCUUUCACGCCUCAAGCAAAUUCAUCUGUCUUCAGUUCCAUGCAAACAUAAAUAAAAUGAAAACAACAGCAACUGGA